UGCUGACUUCGUCCAAGAGGUGGAAUACACCCUGGACUGGACACCAAAGGGGGGGCGCAGUAGAGUAUGGGCACGCGGGUAUCCUGGAGGUUAAAGUUCGUUGCCAAGAUGGCGGCCCCCACGGAUGACAUGUUUUUCUCCUGCGUGGAUCCCGACAAAGUUGCCAGCGGCGUGGAAGUGCGAUUCAUCGACAACGUCAAGGGGAAAGGUCUUUUUGCCAAGAGAAGCAUCAAAAAGGGAGAGGUCAUUUUCAUUGAACGCCCGCUUGUCUCUGCCCAGUUCCUGUGGAAUGCUUUGUAUCAAUAUAAAGCAUGCGAGUACUGCUUACGAGCUCUGGAGACGGCGGAGGAGAACGCCCGGAGACUCGCGGGCAAUCCGGCCCUCAGCCUUCCUUAUCCGGAACUCUGUCCUGUCCGACCACAACUCCACCAAGUCUGCCCUCAGUGUCAGGUGAUGUACUGCAGCGCUGAGUGUCGCCAAGCUGCGGCAGCUCAGUACCAUCAAGCGCUCUGUCUCGGGCCGUCCCAUGGAGAGCCACACCACCCAGUCAACAAACUAAAAGACGCCUGGAGGAGCAUGCACUAUCCUCCAGAGACUUCCAGCAUCAUGCUUAUGGCCAGAAUGGUUGCUACUGUUAAACAAGCCAAAGACAAAGCACACUGGCAGAAGCUCUUCUCACACUUCUGUAGCCGCACAGCCAACGAGGAAGACGAGCUGGCCCACAAGCUCCUGGGGGAGAGGUUUAGGGGUCAGCUGGCGGUGCUACAGAGUCUUUUCAAAGAGGCGUUGUAUGAUGAUCAGCUGAGUCAGUGGUUUGUUCCCGAGGGCUUCCGCUCGCUCUUCGCUUUGGUCGGAACUAACGGACAAGGCAUCGGCACAAGCUCUCUCAGUCAGUGGGUUCACGCCUGCGAUGCAGUGGAGCUUCCCACCCAGCAGAGAGCACAGUUAGACUCCUUUAUUGACCAACUAUACAAAGACAUAGAGAGAGAAACAGGAGACUUUCUAAACAGCGAAGGCUCAGGACUCUUUUUACUCCAAAGCUCAUGCAAUCACAGCUGCAUGCCCAAUGCAGAGGUUUCCUUCCCUGACAACAACUUCCUGCUUCACCUCAGUGCCCUCGACGACAUCGACCCAGGCCAGGAGAUCUGUAUCAGUUACUUGGACUGCUGUCAACGGGACAGAAGCCGUCACAGCAGACACAAAAUUCUGAGGGAGAACUACAUGUUCAUCUGCUCGUGUGUCAAGUGCGUCUCGCAGACGGACGAGCCGGACGUGACGUCAGAGGAGGAAGAGGACGAUGAAGAAGAAGCAGAGGCCGAAGGUGAAACAGAAGGCGACAACAUGGAAGACGAGAUGACGGACGUGUGAUUUAAAAAGAAAAAAAAAGGGAAAGACCACGUUUUUGUUAGUCUUUUGACAUCCAACCUCAUCCAUCCUCUAGCAUGACGUGCACAACAAUAAAAACAACUCUUCACGGUCAAUAAGAAAAAACCUUUCACUUUUUUUUCCCCCCUUUGUGGAACAAAAUGGUUACUCAGUGUAGAUGAAUGGGGCUGCCAUUCUUUGCUGGCUGAAAGUACGUGUAUUUGCAGGAUGUCAUUCUGGGCCACACUCGAAUGAAAAGGACAAUGCUAUGACAAUACAUUUCCAAUUUAAGAAUGUUACUAAGUUUGUUUACAAGAGUUUACACAAAAUGUGUACAAGUUGCCCCAAUAUGGUGUUGCAGGAAAUAAAAAAAUAAAAAAAUCCCAGUUUAAGGAGGAAAAAAAGUCUUGUUACAAGAAUCCAGAAAGUUGAGAAAAAUGUUUUUUAAGAAAAGUUGCAAUGUUAUGAAAACAAAUCCUGGGUAAAGUUUAAACAAAAGAAAAGCAAAAUAUACAUUAAACAGAUGCCUUUUUAACAUUGUAUAAUGCAAACAUUGUACCAUGUUUCUGUAUACUGUGAAGAUAUUUGCCGAUCAAACUGCACUGUUGAGGCAGAUGUGCUAACCAGUUGCCCACUGUGCCACUCAUGCAAAACAUAUAGAACCUAUAUUUAUUUUACAGAAAAGAGUUUUAAAAAUUGUUUUAAUAAUAGUCACCAUAGAGAUCCCUAAAAUACAAAGUGUUGAUGUUUUAUGAUUUAGUAGAUUUCAAAACAUUACAAGCGAUGUUCAAGGCUAAUACAAAUAUUUUACCAAAAAAUAUUCAAAGUUUGAAAAAAAGAAUUACCAAUAAUAAGCUGAAAGGUAUAGAAACUUUAAAAUGGUAAAUUUUAGCACUAAAGUUAUGGAAAGGAGUAUUAUAGUGAAAGGUGUGAAGCCAUGGAACAAUCUAAACAGAAACAAAAGAGUCAAGCUCAAUAUCUUAAAAAGCUUAUUCAAUCAAGGCUAUUAAAUAAUUAAAAUAGUGAUGAGCAAAAUAGGUAAAAAAUAAUUUGAUUUGAAAAUUUGAAAAUUGUGAUUUAUUUGGAGAUAAUGGAAAAUAUGAUUGUGAAAUGAAAAUGUUUUAUUUUUAUUUCUGUAAAAAGGGGCAGAAAAUCUUAAUCUCUCUGUUUUCAUUUGAAUUUAGUUUUAUGUAAAAAAAAAAAAAAGUUUGUUCUUUCAAAUAUGCAAUGACAGUUUUCUAAAAAAAAAAGAAAAUAGUCAAUGUUACAACAAUAGGUAUUUUGGGGCGACAAAGUUAUCAAAAGUAUUGUUCAAGAGAAGAUUUAUAAUAAUGCAAGAAUAAAGUUGUGCUUUCUAAAAAAAUCCGUAUUUAUUUUUGAAAGAGAAAAAGUUGCAAUGAUAUGAAAAAAGUAAUUUUGCACUAAAAAUAUAUUCUUUAUUCUUAAAUAUAUUGGGGGAAAAUAAUUGUAUUCUUUACAAAUUACAGGUUUUUCCUCCAGCCUCCCUGGUAAGGUCUAUUCAGGGGUGCUGGAGAGGAGGGUCCGUCGGGAAGUCAAACCUCAGAUUCAGGAGGAGCAGUGUGGUUUUUGUCCUGGCCGUGGAACAGUGGACCAGCUCUUCAGGUCCUCGAGGGUGCAUGGGAGUUCACCCAACCAGUCUACAUGUGUUUUGUGGACUUGGAGAAGGCGUUUGACCGUGUCCCUUGGGGAGUCCUGUGGGGGGUUCUUCGGGAGUAUGGGGUACCGAACACCCUGAUACGGGCUGUUCGGUCCCUGUACGACCAGAGUCAGAGUUUCGUCUGCGUUGGCGGCAGUAAGUCGGACUCAUUUCCGGUGAAGGUUGGACUCCACCAAGGCUGCCCUUUGUCACCCAUUCUGUUCAUAACUUUUAUGGACAGAGUUUCGAGGCGCAGCCAAGGAGUAGAGGGGGUCCGGUUUGGUGGCCUCAGUACUGCAUCUCUGCUUUUUCCAGAUGAUGUAGUUCAGUUGGCUUCAUCAAGCUGUGAUCUCCAACUCUCACUGGAGCGUUUCGCAGCCAAGUGUGAAGCGGCUGAGAUGAAAAUUAGCACCUCCAAAUCUGAGACCAUGGUCCUCGGGUGGAAAAGGGUGGAGUACCCUCUCCAGGUUGGGAAUGAGAUCCUGCCCCAAGUGGAGGAGUUCAAAUAUCUUGGGGUCUUGUUGACGAGUGAGGGAAGAAUGGAACGGGAGAUCGACAGGCGGAUCGGUGCAUCGUCUGCAGUGAUGCGGACUUUGUAUCGGUCCGUUGUGGUAAAGAAAGAGCUUAGCCGAAAGGCGAAGCUCUCAAUUUACCGGUCGAUCUUCGUUCCUACCCUCACCUAUAGUCACAAGCUGUGGGUCGUGACCGAAAGAACAAGAUCCCGGAUACAAGCGGCCGAAAUGAGUUUCCUCCGCAGGGUGCCUGGGCUCUCCCUUAGAGAUAGGGUGAGAAGCUCGGUCAUCCGGGAGGAUCUCAGAGUAGGGCCGCUGCUCCUCCGCAUCGAGAGGAGCCAGAUGAGGUGGCUGGGGCAUCUGAUUCGGAUGCCUCCUGGACGCCUCCCUGGUGAGGUGUUCCGGGCACGUCCCACUGGGUGUAAAACACCAACUAGAAUAGCUAGAAAAAGGGCAUCCUGGGCAAUUUCAACACAAAAGUAUCUUGCAAACCCAAUAAAAGGACAUACAAAUUUAUGGGGAAAAAAAUGAUUGCACGGGACCGACAGUAUAAUAAGCUAACAUGUGAAAGCAUACUUUGUAAUUUUUGUUCUCAGUUGAGGUUUCUUUUAUUCUAGUUGCAUUAUAUCAUUCUUAUAUCAUUCCAAAAAUAUUCCAACUUGAAAUUAGAAUGUAUGCAUACUGUAAAUUCAACUUUAUCCACCAUAACAAACUAUAAAAAGUAGUGGAAAUGCAGUCUCGUGACAUAACACUGCUACAAAUGAGUCCUUGCAGAAAUUCAAAGCGGGCUGACUUCUCCAGAAGGUCACGUUGCAAAUGCCGCGUGACUCAUGCAGACCAAAUGAGGCAUCGGAAGGAAACACUUUGACUAUUCAUCUUCAAUCUCGCAUCUCAUCUCUCCAAGGAUGUUCUCCACCUCUUUGUUGCAUGAGACAGAGACAACGCUUUCCAAGUGUGUGACCAAUGAUGUGAAGCUUUUUUGUCCACUCUGACGGGACAUUCAUGCUCAUGCUUGCUCGCCAGGGAUCCAGAUAGUUGGCUUGAUUACAAUCUCGGCCAGCAUAGAACAAUUCAAGUCUAUUUCAGAAGCCUUUUUUUCAAUUCUUCUAUGAACAUAAUUCCUGGGUUUAGGAAUGCAAGUAAAUGAUCAUCAUUUCAAAUUUUAAUCAAGAAAUAAUGUGCUUUACUGUUAUUUUUUUAUUUGGAAAUUCAUGGAUUACAGUCAUAAUAUAAUUUUAGCAUUAAAUUGAUUAUUUCUCCUCAAUAGAGUCUACAUACAGGUGAGAAAUUGCAUGAAGGAUUACCAAUGUAGCAAUUGGAUGAAGCACUAUAUAUUAAAUGUAUUUAUUGAUAGAAAAUAUACAGAAAUUAUGCUACACAACCAGCCUUUUUUUCCCCUGCAACCCAUUUUACAUGUUUGUAUUUUAUUUUUUGUAAAUUACAGUAACUUCUUUAAUGACAGUUUGGGUUUUUUUUAUUCUAAAAAUGUUUUGAUAAUUUUUUUUAGAUGUUUUUAUUUCUUUAAAAUAUAUUUUUUUAGUUGUUGGAUUUUGGUGUAUUCCACCAAAGACAAAGCAGUUAAAGUCAAAGGUCAGAGGGAUGAAAUGUGGCCUCACAGUUUUGAAAAGGUUAAACUUAAAAAUCCAUGGCGCAUUUUCCAAGUUAUUAAAAAUAGGAGAUAAACACUGACGAUACUCUAUCGUUCCAUUCUAUGGCACUUUUAAUUCCCAUUAUAAAUCACACUUUUCAAUGUGCUGUAAACCUGACGUGUUAUAAUGCUUUUCCUAUAAAUACUGAAUGAAUCCAAGCAUUGGAGUGUGUUUAGUGUAUAUUUCCACCUCUAAACCACCAAAUGGAAUCCGAGACCAAAGCAUUAUUUUUUUUGCAAACCCAAGCUGCUUAUCUCCUGCUAAUGUCCAAAAGAAAAUGGACAAGGCCUGCAUAAGGGCUGGACUCCAAUUAAUUCAUGUAAACCCCUAAAUUCAUUUGAAACAGUGCUGUCUGUAUCAAGAUGUGAUGUGUGCUGUUUCUACUCUGAGGUGUCAGUAUAAUGAGGGGGGGGGGUUAUUGCUGGCCUUGAAAGUGUAGAUCAGUAUUUUAUAUUUAAUUCAUUAUUGGCCAGUGGAGUUGUAGGGCUGCGGCGAUGUGGUGAGUGGAGGCGGUCCUUGUGAUCACAUGGGCGGCACAGUUCUGAAGAAGCUAUUGUUUUUGGAGUGACUUGUGGGGGAGACCAAAGUUUUAUUUCUUUAUAUUAUUUAAAGUAUGUAUUGUAUGCUUCAAAAUAACGUUUUUUAAAAUAUUUAUCAAGUCUAUAUUUUUGGUUUUCUGUAUUUAUUAUUGAAAAUAAAAAAAUGUGCUUCCCUUGUUUGAAACUUGUGAUAUUUUAUAUUAAAAAUUGUUUUAUAAAA